AUGGGGAAACGAAAAGCUGGAGAAAACUCUGAGGAACCGCAAGCGAAAGUCAGUAAGGCUGCAAAAGCCAAGGCUGGAGCAGCCAAGGCUGAACCAAGAGCUAAGGCUGAACCAAAAGCCAAGGUUGAGCCAGCACCCAAGGCUGAACCGAAAGCGGAACCCAAAAGGCUUUCCAGGUCAAAGAGCAAGGUUUCUUCCAGCAUAGCCCCAUUGCUGGAUGCUGAAAAUGAUGCAGCUGCUUUAGCUUCGUCCACAGGUGCCAAGUACAACGUGGAGCUGAUGCAGUCUUGCCAGGAUUCCCUCCAGAGCCUGGUCGAAAGCACUUGGCAAAAGAGCAUCAAUGACUUGGGGGAGCGCUACUACAGCACGCCCUCCCGUUUCCAUGACCGUGUGCGAGUUGCCAUCGCGCCUGACUGGCAUGUGUCCUGUGAUGCGAAGAAAGUGAAGCCUGUCAGCCCGCUUGAGAAUGUGAUGGCUUUCGUUUUGUCCAUGUACCGAGAUAACGAAGAUGAAGAACUCAUGGUGCAAUGGAAGCGCUUUGCCUUGACUGUUACCUUUGAGUAUGUGGUUGCCACAUCCGAUGCGGACAUCUACUUCCUGUCGGCCAACCAGCGACAGGAUAUCAUGAGUGACAAAGAGACCAUGUGCCACACUGCCCUCCAGAAAAUCUUCAGCGUUUUGGCCUGCAAGGCACGCAUGGAGAAGAUCUCAGGUCCUCAAAGUAACUUGGCUUGA